GGAAUUGGAGAAUGAAAGCUCUGCUGCUGCUCUUGAUCGCGCUGUGGAUGAUUCUUGCGAUUGUUUCCAGUGAGGACGAGCAGCGCGAAUUCAAGGCAUGGAUCGAUCGCAUUGGCAGAAAAUCGACGAGGUCAGCUGGGAUGCGUGUUCAUCAUCAUUUGAUCGAGAGCUUAGUGGAAGCGGAGAGAAACCAGAGCGUGAUUGUGGUGGCAAGGGAUGGAUUUGGGAAUUUUAGCUCCAUUGCCGAGGCAAUCGACUCCAUUCCGGAACAAAACCAGCAAAGAGUGAUCGUGCGGAUCAAAGCGGGAGUCUACAGGGAAAAGAUUGCCAUUCCAAAAUCCAAACCGUUUGUAACACUCCAAGGAGAUGGGAGCUCACUCACGAUAAUCACUUGGAACUCCACAGCUUCGGAUAGAAAUGGCACGAAUCUACUCAAGACAUAUAACAGCGCCACCAUUUCCAUCAACUCGAGGUUCUUCAUCGCCAAGAACAUCACAUUCCAGAAUGAAGCAAUUGCUCACAUCCAUGGGGAGACCGGGAAGCAAGCCGUGGCAUUGCGAAUCAGCGCGGACAUGGCGGCCUUCUACGAUUGCAACUUCCAUGGCGGCCAAGACACUCUCUAUGAUCACAAGGGCCGGCAUUACUUCAAGCGAUGUUUCGUGCAAGGAAGCGUGGAUUUCAUCUUUGGCUAUGGAAGAUCCCUCUACAAAGAUUGCCAUCUUUACUCGAUCGCCAACAAAACAGGCGCGAUCACUGCACAAAAGAGGACCAUUCGCAACAUGAACUCGGGAUUUUCAUUCGUGAAUUGCAGCAUCACUGGAUCCGGAAGAAUUUACCUGGGACGUGCAUGGGGAGAUCGAUCCAGGGUGGUCUACUCGUACACCUACAUGGACGCGCUCAUAGCUCCUCAAGGGUGGCAAAACUGGAAUCACCCAGAACGAAACAGGACUGUGUUCUUCGCGCAGUACGAGUGUAGCGGGCCUGGAGCAAAGACGAGCCAGCGAGUGGCAUGGGCAAGAACCCUCACUUUCGAGGAGGCACAACCAUUCCUAGGCACAGAUUUCAUCCAUGGAGAAACAUGGCUUCUCUCCACAUAAAGAAGACUAUUUGUUUCUGAUGAUACAACUUAGAAUGUGACCUUUUGGGGAUC